AUGACAAUGUCGGAACUCCUGAUAGCCACCGCCAACAGAUCAUCCUCAAUAAGAUUGUUUGUUUCUUAUGCCUUCUCUCUUUCUUUCUCUCUUUCUUUCUUUCUUUCUUUCUUUUUGAUGAUGAUGAUGAGUUCUGUUUAUUGUUGGACAAAUACUUGUGGCAGAUUCUACUUCUUUUCUUUUUCUAUUCUUAUUUUUUUCUUUUUCUUCUUUUUCUUCUUCUUCUUCUUCUUUUUCUUCUUCUUUUUCUUCGUUUCUUCUUCUAUUUGUUCUUCAUCUUCUUAUUUUUUCUUAUUUUUUUCUUCUUUUUCUUCUUCUUCUUCCAUUUUUCUUCUUCUUCUUCUUCGAUUCUUCUUCUAUUUGUUCUUCAUCAUCUUUUUUCUUUUUCUUCUUCUUCUUCCUUUUUUCUUCUUCUUUUUCUUCGUUUCUACUUCUAUUUGUUCUUCAUCUUAUAUUCUUCUUCUUUUUUCUUCUUCUUCUUUUUCUUCUUCUUCCUUUUUUCUUCUUCUUUCUUUUUCUUCUUCUUCUUUUUCUUCUUCUUCCUUUUUUCUUCUUCUUUCUUUUUCUUCUUCUUCUUCUUUUUCUUUUUUCUUCUUUUUUUGUUCUUCUUGUUUCUGUUUAUAUCCAUCUGUCUGUCUGUCUAUUUCUCUAUCUAUCCAUCUAUCCCAGUCUGUCCAUAUCUAUCUAUCUAUCUAUCUAUCUAUCUAUCUAUCUAUCUAUCUAUCUCAGUCUGUUCAUAUCUAUCUAUCUAUCUAUCUAUCUAUCUAUCUAUCUAUCUAUCUAUUUAUCUCAGUCUGUUCAUAUCUAUCUAUCUAUCUAUCUAUCUUAGUCUGUCCAUAUCUACCUAUCUAUCUCAGUUUGUUCAUAUCUAUCUAUCUAUAUAUCUAUCUAUCUCACUCUGUCCAUAUCUCAGUUUAUUCAUAUCUAUCUAUCUAUCUAUUAUCUAUCUAUCUCAGUCUGUUCAUAUCCAUCUAUCUAUCUUCUGUCCAUAUCUAUCUAUCUCUGUUAAUAUCUAUCUAUCUAUCUAUCUAUCUAUCUCAGUCUGUUCAUCAGCCGUUUAUCUAUGUAUCUCUCUCUCUCUCUCAGUCUUUUCAUAUCUAUCUUAGUUCAUAUCUAUCUAUCUAUUAUCUAUCUUUCGCAGUCUGUUCAUCAGCCGUUUAUCUAUGUAUGUAUGUAUCUAUCUAUCUAUCUAUCUAUCUAUCUAUCUAUCUAUCUAUCUCAGUCUUUUCAUAUCUAUCUAUCUCAGUUCAUAUCUAUCUAUCUAUCUAUCUAUCUAUCUAUCUAUCUAUCUAUCUGUCUCUUAGAUUCAUAUCUAUCUAUCUCAGUUCAUAUCUAUCUAUCUAUCUAUCUAUCUAUCUAUCUAUCUAUCUAUCUAUCUCAGUAGGUUCAUAUCUGUCUAUCUCAGUAGGUCCGUAUCUAUUUAUCUCUCUAUCUAUCUAUCUAUCUAUCAAUCAAUCUAUCUCAAUAGGUUCAUAUCUAUCUAUCUAUCUCUCUAUCUCAAUAGGUUCAUAUCUAUCUACCUACCUAUCUUUCUGUCUCAGUAGAUUCAUAUCUAUCUCUCAAUUUAUUUAUCUAUCUAUCUCUGUCUCUUCAUAUCUAUCUAUCUAG